GCAACAGCAUCCUUAGCACUGCCGUGGCGACGUCACUGUUUGCGAACAACAAUGCUGCGGGUAUAGAUGCGACUAAGAGGAAGUGCAAACAACCAAAGCAGAGGAAACCACUGCAUGUGAGAUCCGCUGUCGAGCCUCUGAUUAGUUUCUUUCCACAGCUCGGAUCCUUAAAGAUCCAUUACAGCCGCUGGGAGCGGACACUGGAACUACACCGAGCUUUAGUUUCAUCCGCAUCCCUUGUCUGCAUCAGAGGAAACCAUCCAUCUGCGCCCCCGGUGACCCAGAAACGAAGCAGUUGUGUGACAGAUGGAGAAACAGGCCGGAGGAGCCGGCGCUGGGGACGGUGCAGGGGCGAACAGAAAGCCGUGGGGCUCGCCGACGUGCGGCGCGGCAGCCGGUGAUACCCUGGACAGUCCAACAGGUUCUCACGUAGAGUGGUGUAAACAGCUCAUAGCAGCCACAAUCUCCAGUCAGAUCUCAGGAUCAGUCCAACCAGACAUUGGGAGCAGGGACAUCAAGGCUGGGAGAAGACCAGACUUCAUGGUGUCCAAGAGGCUGAAUCGCAGGCAGGAUUCACAGGAUGAAGGGCUUUGUUACCAUGGAGACAUUGACUCUGAGCAUCCUUCCAAUGCUUCGACCCUCCCAGGUCUGAGAUACGGAGCACAGGUCAAAAUGUUCCAGAACCAGGUUCCUCUGCUCCCUGGAGAGACCAUCCAAACUACAGUCAAGGAUGUGAUGUACAUUUGCCCAUUCAGCGGUCUGGUUACUGGGACUUUGACCAUCACAGACUACAAGCUGUACUUCAUCAGUGUGGAAAAGGACUCUCCCUUCAUUCUGGAUGUGAACCUGGGAGUCAUCAGCAGGAUCGAAUCUAUCAGUGUUCCCAGCCAAGGACAGAACAACAGGGGACUGGAGCUGGUCUGCAAGGACAUGAGGAGUCCCAGGUUUGCCUAUAAGAUGGAGGAGAGCCAGCCGGACGUGGUGGAGCUGCUGACCAAACAUGCCUUUCCUCUGUCCCACAGUCUGCCCUUGUUUGCCUUCCUGUACAAAGAGCAGUUUCCUGUGGACGGCUGGAAGGUGUAUGACCCAGCAGCAGAAUACAGACGUCAGGGGCUGCCUAAUGAGAGCUGGACCAUCAGUAAGAUGAACAGCACCUAUGAGCUAUGUGACACGUAUCCUUCCAUCCUGGUCAUCCCCACCAACAUCACAGAUGAAGACAUCAAACGAGUGGCUGUGUUCAGAGCCAAGCACCGUAUACCGGUCUUAUCCUGGAUCCACCCGGAGUCUCAGGCCACCAUUGUACGCUGUAGCCAGCCGCUAGUUGGGCCGUCAGACCGUCGCUGUAAAGAAGACGAACGCUUUCUCCAAAUCAUCAUGGACGCCAACGCUCAGUCCCACAAGCUCACCAUCUUUGAUGCCCGACAGAGCAGCGUGGCCGUCACCAACAAGGGAAAGGAUGGAGGGUAUGAAAGUGAGAGUUUCUACCCCAACGUAGAGCUAAACUUCCUGGAAAUUCCAAACAUUCAUGUGAUGAGGGAGUCUCUCAGGAAGAUGAAGGAUGUCGUUUAUCCCACCAUAGACGAAGCCCACUGGCACUCCUUCAUCGACCAGACGCACUGGCUGGAGUACAUACGGCUGUUGUUAGCAGGAGCAGCAAAGGUAGCUGAUAAGCUGGAGUCUGGGAAGACGUCGGUGGUGGUUCACUGCAGCGACGGCUGGGACAGGACAGCCCAGCUCACCUCUCUGGCCAUGCUGAUGCUGGACAGUUACUAUCGCACACUGAGAGGCUUCCAGGUGACACACACCAACUACACACUCCAAACCUCAUCUUUGCAUGUAGUAACGUACUAAACAUAUAUGUGCUUGUGUUUGCAGGUUUUAGUGGAGAAGGAGUGGAUUAGUUUUGGACACAAGUUUGCUGCUCGCGUGGGCCACGGUGAUGAGAACCAUGCUAACUCAGAGCGCUCGCCUCUGUUCGUCCAGUUUAUCGACUGCGUCUGGCAGAUGACUCGACAG